CGGGCUGAGUGUGAAGCUAAAAUUUCCCCUGUCUUUACCUGGAGUCAUUCCACUUCUCCUCUUCUUUUUCCUCCUCUUUCUUCUACCCCAUUAUCCUCAUUUAUUGAUCUCGAAUUGAGUGGGGAGUCACCGUAUGCGGUGAUAUCCAAUUCUCUCUGCCAUCCCACUUCCUGCGCUUUACGCUGCGCAGCUAGCAAUUGUCAAUAUGGCAUCCGUUUCGACUGCGGGUGAAGCAGUGGCGAGAGUCGCUUACUUGGCCAGCGAUGUCGUUCUCUCCGUUCAGCCGUCAUUGCAGGCCGAUUCCUGGUUCUCCAAGACUCUCAAGACCCUGAAGGCCAGCAAUGCUCGUAGCAUUCUGCCCCGCGGUGUCACUGACGUUGUGGCUGUUCGCUAUAACGAAGACCCCCUCCUCUCCGCUUUCCACCCUCUGCAGACUGGAAACACUGUGUCUGUCGUGACCACCUCCUCCACCUUGCUCUCCUCUAUCCCUCACCUCUACCGCCUGGCGAACACCCCUGUCGUCAUCCAUGUCGCUCUGGAGCCCUACCCCUUCCCAGAUUACUCCGUGAUCAGCUCUAUCAGGCAAUGCGGGUUCACUUUCCUGCACUCUGAGACGCUCCAGGAGGCCCAGGAUAUCGCUAUCACCGCUCAUGCGUUGUCCCGCAAGUCCGGCAAGGGUGUCAUCCACUUCUUCGACCCUGCCAACUCCGCUCGCGAUGACGCCAUUGCUGAGGAAGACGUUGAGGUCCUUCGGUCUGUCCUCAACUUGGGCGGAAGCUCUGUGACACAUACCUCUGGUCUGGGUGCCCAGACGCUGUACACUGACUCCGGACGGGUCGCUACAGUGACUGAGGAUGUGGACACCGCCACCAGCCAGGUCGAGGGUUCUUCCACCCCUGCUCAGACCACUCAGACUCCUUCCAAUGUCAGUGUUGACACUUCGUCUGUCGGCUCUUCUCAGAGGGACAGCAGUGUCGAUAGCCGUGCGACUAGCUCCGCUGCCACCACCAUCGACGCCUCGGCCACUCGGCCCGUCAGUGCUACAGACAUUUUCGAAUGGACCUCUCAAAUAUGGAAUGUGUUGUCUGAGACCACCGGACGCAACUACCGCGCGAUUGAGUACACUGGUCCCUCCGAUGCCAAGUCGGCCAUCUUCGUCUUCGGCUCGACUGGCGUGUUUGUCGACGUUCUGGGCAAGGAGGAGGCUUCCAGUGAGCUUGGAAAUGUUGGCUUGAUCACUGCGCGGUUGUACCGCCCCUGGGUUGGAGGCCAGAUUGUUGAAUCUAUUCCUAGCUCGAUUGAGAAGAUCGCCGUGCUGGAGCAGGUCCGCAAGACUACGAAGUGGGGACCGGCGUUCAUGGAUCUUCUUUCCAGUCUCUCCCCGGCUGCUGGUCGGGCCGCUCCCAAAGUUGUGGGAUACAGACUGGGAUACGUUGAGCCCUCCACUGCCGUCCAGGCUCUUCGUGGCAUUGUGCAGAACCUGAGCUCCCCCUCCCCCAUUCAGAACCUUGAGAUCGGAACUUCCAAGGUCCCGUCCAUUGAGACUUCUCUCGAGCAGCCCCACGUUGAGAACGCCUACCUUAAGAUUCUCAACCAGCUCUUCGGUGAACGCCUGCACAUCGCCAACCAGCUGGGCUCGAAGCACGCCGGAAUCUCCUCCACCAUUGCUGCCAGCCCUGAGUACGGAUUUGGUGCGCUGACCGCCAGGCUGGAACACCGCCAGCGCUUUAUCCGCGAAGUCGAGGAGGCCUCCAAGUCCACCAGCUUCGCCACUGAUAUCCCCCGGACAUGGCUCUCCAACUGGGCCCUCAGUGUUGCAGAUGCCUCCAAGGCCAACAAGCUGGCACCCGAUGUCAUUGCCCGCCUCUCCAACGACGGUUCUCAGCUUGCCAGACAGCUCCUGCAGUCCAAGAAGCUCUUCUACGAUGAGUCCCUGUGGCUCAUCGGCUCUGACGCCUGGGCUUAUGAUCUCGGCAACUCCGGUGUUCAUCACGUCCUUGCCUCCGGAGCCAACGUCAACAUGCUCGUCAUUGAUUCGCAGCCCUACUCCGAACGCACCGCCGCGGACCCCACUCGCAGAAAGAAGGACAUUGGUCUUUAUGCCAUGAACUUUGGCAACGCCUAUGUUGCUUCCGUCGCCGUCUACGGCUCGUACACCCAGGUUCUUCAAGCUAUGGCCGAGGCCGAGCAGUUCAAGGGUCCCUCCGUUGUUGUUGCCUACCUCCCCUACAACCAGGAGAAUGACUCUGCCUUGACUGUACUCCAGGAGACCAAGAAGGCUAUUGACCUUGGUUACUGGCCGCUGUACCGCUGGAACCCCGGAAACGAUGAGAACGAUGAACCUAAGUUCUCUCUGGACUCGGACCGGAUCAGGCGCGAGCUUGAAGAGUUCCUUCGCAGGGACAACCAGCUUACCCAGCUCAUGAACCGUCACCCCAAGUACUCAGCUGUGCUUUCUGAGUCGUACGGAACUGAGGUCCGCUCUCUUCAGAAGCGCCAGGCUAAGGACUCUUAUGAGAAGCUCCUUGAGGGUCUCUUCGGUGCUCCUCUGACCAUUCUCUUCGCCUCCGACAACGGCAAUGCCGCGACUCUGGCGAAGCGCCUCGGCAACCGCGGUCGUGCCAGAGGCUUGAAGACCAUGGUCAUGGCCAUGGAUGACUAUCCCCUUGAUGACCUCGCCACUGAAGAAAACGUGGUCUUCAUCUCCAGUACUGCCGGUCAGGGUGAAUUCCCCCAGAAUGGCCGUGGCCUGUGGGAGUUUGUGAAGAACACCGGUGACUUGGAUCUGUCUUCCAUCAACUACUCCGUUUUCGGUCUUGGUGACAGCCACUACUGGCCGCGCAAGGAAGACAGAAUCUACUACAACAAGCCCGCUAAGGACCUUGAUGCUCGUAUUGCCUUCCUUGGUGGACGCAAGCUGACCGACAUUGGUCUCGGUGAUGACCAAGAUCCCGAUGCCUUCCAGACUGGCUACUCCGAGUGGGAGCCUCGCCUCUGGCAGGCUCUAGGUGUUGACAAGGUCGAGGGUCUGCCGGAGGAGCCUGCGCCGUUGACCAACGAGGAUAUCAAGAUCCAGUCCAACUACCUGCGUGGUACCAUCGCCGAGGGACUGCUGGAUGAAACUACUGGUGCUAUCUCCGCCAGUGACCAGCAGCUCACCAAGUUCCACGGUACUUACAUGCAGGAUGACCGUGAUGUCCGUGACGAGCGCAAGGCCCAGGGUCUUGAGCCUGCUUACAGCUUCAUGAUCCGUUGUCGACUGCCCGGUGGUGUGGCCACUCCCCUCCAGUGGCUACAGAUGGAUGCCAUCAGUAGCUCUCAUGGUAACGAGACCAUGAAGUUGACUACCAGACAGACCUUCCAGUUCCACGGUGUUAUCAAGCGCAAGCUCCGCGGCGCAAUGCGCGCUAUCAACAAGUCGCUGAUGACCACCAUUGCUGCUUGCGGUGAUGUCAACCGUAACGUCAUGUGCAGUUCCCUCCCUGAGCUUUCUUACUUCCACCGCGAGACGCACGCCGUCGCCCAGAAGAUCAGUGAUCACUUGCUUCCCGCGACUACUGCGUAUCAUGAGAUCUGGUUGAAGGAUGAGGACGACAAGAAGGUCCAGGUUGCGGGCGACGCUGUUGUUGACCAUGAGCCGCUUUACGGUCCCACUUACCUUCCCCGUAAAUUCAAGAUCACCAUUGCCAUCCCUCCCCACAACGAUACCGAUGUCUACGCACACGAUAUUGGUCUGAUCGCCAUCAAGGGCGCCGAUGGACACCUGGAAGGUUUCAACAUCACUGCCGGUGGUGGUAUGGGUGCUACUCACAACAACAAGAAGACCUACCCCCAGACGGGACGCAUGUUCGGUUACGUCCCUGCUGACCAGGCUCACAUUGUCUGUGAGAAGAUCAUGCUCGUCCAGCGUGACCACGGUGACCGCAAGAACCGCAAGCACGCUCGUCUAAAGUACACCAUCGACGACAUGGGCGUGGAUGCCUACAAGGAGAAGGUCGAGGCUCUUCUUCCCGAGGGCCUGCGCUUUGCCGAGCCCCGUCCCUUCAAGUUCGUUUCGAACGUUGAUACCUUCGGCUGGCUGAAGGACGAGAAGGGUCUCAACCACUUCACGUUCUUCAUCGAGAACGGACGUAUUGAGGACACCGCUGACUUCAAGAUGCGCACUGGUCUGCGUGAGCUUGCCAAGCUCGACAAGGGCGAGUUCCGUCUCACCGGUAACCAGCACUUGAUCCUGUCCAACAUUGAGGAUGCAGACCUUCCUGCCAUCAAGGAGCUGAUGGCUCAGUACAAGCUCGACAACACCUCCUUCAGCGGUUUGCGUCUCUCUUCGUCUGCUUGUGUUGCCUUCCCCACCUGUGGUCUUGCCAUGGCUGAGUCCGAGCGUUACCUCCCGGUCCUUAUCGGCAAGCUGGAGUCCACUCUUGAGGAGGUCGGUUUGGCCAGCGACAGCAUUGUCAUGCGUAUGACUGGUUGCCCCAACGGCUGUGCCAGACCCUGGCUUGCUGAAGUUGCUUUCGUUGGUAAGGCCUACGGUGCGUACAACAUGUACCUCGGUGGUGGCUACCACGGCCAGCGUCUGAACAAGCUCUACCGCUCUUCGAUCAAGGAGGAUGAGAUCCUCGAUAUCAUGAAGGGUCUUCUCAAGCGUUACUCCCAGGAGCGUAACACUGAUGGCGAGACUCCCGAGAGAUUCGGAGAUUGGUGUAUCCGUGCUGGUGUCAUCAAGGCGACCACCGACGGACAGAACUUCCACGAAGGAGUUGCUGAAGAUGACGAGGAUGAGGAGUAGACGAUGGAGAUAUCCCAAAAAUAAUGCCUCUGGAUAGUCGGCAUUCAUGUGAUACUGUUAUACAUCAAGAAGUUUUAUGAGUUUUACGACGAUACAGCUGUUCUGUACAUACUGUUGAUGACCAAAUUAUUGUCGC